AUGGGCCCCAAUCUGGAGCGAGAGGACAGCUACAUCCCAGAAGCGCAAGCCUACAGCCGUAUCGAGGCCACCGAGAAGUGCGAGCUGACCCACCAGAAGGCAAAGACAAGUAAAAGGGCGAGAUCGUGGUCGAAGCUAUUCUUCCAGACGUCGGGCGAGGUGUGCAGGAAAGGUGAGACCAUGACGGAUUUAUUCGAGACCCAGACGUAUGCGCGCAGGGCUGGUACCAGGGUUUCAGAUUAUAACACGGUCUUCGACCACCGAGGACUACCACCACCCAAAGCAGUGAACGUGACGGAGUACGAGGAUGACGAGGGCCUCGGAGAGGACGAGGCCGAUGACGACGGAAUCGAGGAGCUGGUGCAGCGCGAGCUGGAGGCGUUGGCCACCGACCUCGGUGACACUGGCGAAGAGGAGCUGGACCACGACCAGGCGGAGGCGGUCGAGAAGGCAGCGGUCCAGCUCUCAGAGUUGCCGGAGGCGCUUGCUGCCGUGCGAGGACUGGACGCGGCCGAGGCCGAUCUACUGCUGGCAGGAAACCAGGACGUGGAGGUAAGUUUCAGCCGAUCAAGGAUACCCUCGACUGGCGCACAGAGAACUCUCAGUGCCGUGUGUGCGAUGGCUGGGGUCAUUGGGCUGGUGAUCCAGAGUGUCCACGAGCACGAGAAGUUCAAGAGGUGGGGCGACUGCUGCGGGCACCUGAAGUCGCUUGGCCUCGACAAGCUCGCGACCGUCGAGUCCUUGCGCGAGACCUUCAAGUUCGGGGAUGGCGGCGCGAAGGAUUCUGAUGCUCGGGUGAGGCGCCCAGUGGCGGUACCGCGCUUCAUCGAGGCGCGCCUGCUGGAUAUUCCGGCGCUCAACCUCCUCUUGGGGCGUGACCACCCGGAGCCCGUGCGCGCCGAGAUCAAGACGUCGCCGCCGAGACGGAUCACAAUCGGGCCUCAUAAGGCCGCGAUCGCCAUAUCUGUGCUGAUCCGGCUACCUUCAUGUGCUCGUGUGGCAUCGGCGCGCGCGAGCUGUGAGCGGCAGGGUCUCUGCUCUGGCUGCAAGUAUGACGUGGAUAUGGUUGGCUUCGCCGAGGGAGACAACGCGAAUCUUGUUCAGAACGCCAGCUGGCGGUUCAUGGAGCGGGGCCAUCAGAAGCAUAAUUUUGCCGGUGUCACUCAGGCCAAGACGCUGCGCGACCAUGGCGUGAGCACGAACGAGGUGAAGAAGCUGAUCCAGCUCGAGCAAACAGACCAAGCACAUGGGCAGGCAGUUGCAGCUAUCAGACGAGGACGCCCAAGGAGCUACAGCCUGUUCGAGCUGGCGUGUAAGCCCAUUAGCCUGUUAGGGAGAGAGGUCAACGCCACUGGGAGACAUGAUCGAGCCUUCAGGGUACAUCUACCAGAGUGCGAUCUGCGUGAGAAGAAGACCGUGGAGGGCAUGCUCAUGAAGAUCAUGAAGGAGAAGAAGCUUGAUAGGAUACCGGUGGUCUUGAUCAGUGUCCCGUGCACUCUGGUGUACUUGCCAGCGGCCCUGGAAUUCCAGGUCGCUGGCUCAACGAGUUCGUUUGAGGAUGGCCCGACAGGAUUCUUGGACUACGAGCUGUGCUUGAUGGUUGUCAGUGCGGCGUUGACCAGUGAGGGCGAGCCUAUUCGGAAGAGAUCCAAGGACCUGACCAACCGACGGCCCAUCGCCGAGAAGCUCUGCAAGAAGUGCGACGGGACGCGCGUCCACGCGAGGGUGUAUGGCGGGAAGGACCCCAACCAGACUGGCCGCUGCCCCGUCUCGCUCGUGAAGGAUAUUGCCUCGGGGCUGCGAGCAGUUCGACGCGGCUACGACGUCCUGCCAGUGGCCCACGACGGGGAGAUCACUGCCCGCGCCAAGGCGGUCCUCGACGCGAUGGGCCCGGCGGAGCGGGUGCAGCUCGAGCGAGUAGUCAAGCUGGCGCGCGCCAAUGCCGGCCACCCGACCAACCCUAGCCUUGCCAGGGCCAUUCGCUUGCGGAGUGGCUCGGCUGAGGCGAUCGCUGCAGUGGAAGCGCACCGCUGUCCUGACUGCGAGAGGCGGGGGCCUCCAGAGAUCUCCGCGUCCGCGGACCUGAGGUCCCACUUCCGCGACUUUGCCGAUGGAGUGGCUACCGACCUGAUGGCCCUCGCCGACGUCGAGGGCCACCGGGCCCUGCUCCAAAACAAUGUCGACAUGGCCACCAUAUUUCAACUAGUGGCCCCGCAUGACGACAAGACGCCAAUCGCGUUGCGAGAUGGGGGAGCUGGGCUGGGCCGCCCCAGGCGUGCAUUGCAGACCUCGGAGGUGAUUUCGAGAUGGAGUUCCGCAGCGAGCUCGAGGGCAUGGGCGCCGACCUCGUCGCCGCCGCCGCCCUGGGCCCCGCGCGUCGACAGCGUCUGCGAGCGGCGCGGUGGCGAAUGGAAGUACAUCGCCGAGGCCAUCGUCGACGAGUGCCAGAUCGAUUUCGCCGUCCCAGGCGCUGUGGAGUGGCUCUGCACCGUGGUAAACUGGGCGAAGAACAGCAAGGUGGGGCCGUCAGGGUACAGCCCUGCGCAGUGGGUGCUCCGACGUGGGCACCGGUUGCCCUACGGCAUGCUCUCUACCCGCGCGAGGCUCUCGCUCCGCCGGCCCGCCAGGGGCGACCGGGCGUUCCAGCGGCGCGUGGGCAUGCUUGCUGCAGCUCAGCGUGCAGCCCAGGCAGUCGAGUACGACCGCCGUCUUUCAGCAGCCUUCCUGGCCAAGAGUCGCAGACGGGCUGCUCGGCCAUCGAGCCUCAACUUCGGCAUCGGCGACCUGGGUUCGGCCGAGGAGGAGACCCCGGGCCCCCCGCUCGAUUUCGAUGCUUCGGGCCUGGAUAAGUCGGCCGACCCAGAGGCGAAGCGACCGCGUUUCGCUUCAGUACCGGAGUUCGAGAUCUCAGUGGAGAUGCCGCCAGCGCAGCCACAGCGGCAAUAUCCCGACCCGGUCUCAGUGGAGCCCGAGACGCCUUUCGAGCAGCCGAUGUUCGACCAGGAGCAGUUCCAGCGGGCGCGCUCCAGUCAGGUUCCGGGCGCUUUUGGCCCAGACCUGUACGAGCAGGUCGCCGAGAGGCCCAGGGUUGACGAGCCCCUGAUCAUGGGGCUUUCCCUGAAGGAGUCGGUCGACUUCGAUUGCUCCACCCUCUACCCGACCAGGUUCAGGCGCGUGGGCCUCGCGGGCAAGUCGAGGGGCAAGGGGCUGGUCAAGAUGCGGAGGGCUAUUGCUUCAAAGUGGUACAAGUGGCUGGCGUUCAACGCAGUGCGGUACUGUUCCAGGUGGGUUUUGACGGAGAAGGAUGUGGAUGCCUUCAAGGCGAGGCUGGUGGUGCAAGGGUGUCAGGAUAACGAUUUGGGCAUUCGUGCCGACGCUCCGACCAGGGGCCGAGACGCAUUCUGGCUUGCGGCGGGGUCUGCAGCCCAACAUGAUUGGGGUGGCGACUUCUUCGAUGCCAAGAGUGCCUGCCUGCAGGCAGAGGGCAUCGACCGAGCCCUGAUGAUCGAGAUGCCGCUGGAGAAUCCUCCUCCGGGCACUGUUCCAGGACAAAUCUUCCUCGCGACGGGCAGCGUCUACGGCGCGAAGGGCGCUGGCAGAGCCUGGUGUUUGCAUUUGAAGGCAGUUCUCAGUGGAUGCCAGAUCCAUGGCAGCAAGCUGGGGCGAGGUCGGCGACGCCGGCUACCUUGGCACGAGUGUGCAGAUGACGCCGGGUUCAUCAACGUGACCCCGGAGAAGGCCAAAGCGAUCGAGUACAUCCCCAUCCGCGCGAACCGCGCGAAGAUUCCUGAGUCGGAGGUGACGCUCGAGGAGGUCAGUAGCUUCAGGUCCAGGACCGCGUCGACGCUGGGGGUUCGGCUCGUCCGUGGUCGAGUUCGUAUUCUGACGGCGCAGCCGGUGUUCUACGGUGACUCCGCUUUCGCCAGUGCCGAGGGCGAGCGGUCGCAGUGCGAGCUCGUCGGGGGCUUGACUCGCAAGCCUGGGGAGGUGCUGACGGAGCUGAAGAUGGCGGCGAAGCUUGGGGGCCCGCCAAGGCUGAAGGACGUGGAGCGGCAAGCCGAUGACAUCAAGAUGACGACCUUCACGGACAGCAAGAACCUAGAGGAGACGGUGGAGAAGGACGCCGGAGUCGUGCAGGACAAACGGUUGAGGAUUGUGGUCAGCUUUCUGAGAGAGACCUUCGCACCUGCGGCUGCGAUUUUGCGGUGGAUUCCGACGCGUGGGAUCGUCGCGGGCGCCCUCGCCAAGGUGAUGCGCGCGGGUCUGCUGAUGGCAUUUAUGUCCGGUCGUGACGUCGGGUUUUCGGUCCCAGCUCCCAAGUCGAAGAAUUUCGUCCAGGUAUGGACGUUGGCCGCGAAGGAGGCAGACCAGCAGAUGGAGAUGACGAUCAAGCUGGCCAUGCAGCUCAAGACGCAGCAGGUCGACCAGCAGAUGGAGAUCAGGACCGAGCCCAAGCACAAGAAGGACAUGGGUUACGGCAGAGUCCAGGCGAGUGGCCGGUGGAGCGUGCUCUUCGAGGGCGGCGGCGGGGCGAAGGUGAAGCCCGACAACCUGAGGCGGUUCGCACCGCCCAAGGAGGCGGGGGAGGAGCAGGGAGGACGACACCGCCGUAGUGUUCUGGGACGAGGCCAGGCACAGGGGGCUAUUGCCAGCCGGCGGCGAGUUCACGGUCGACGAGCUGCGGCGCUGGAGAACGGCGUGGACCUCCCGAUGUGUUUGGGCGUCUGCGGGGUCGUGGUCGACGUGUCCUCCAGCCAGAACUUCAGACCGGGCCACGGCUACGGCAAGCUCUGGGGCGGGAGGGACUGCACCUGGGCCAUGGCCAAAACGUCCCUCAAGGCGGAGGACGUCGGCCGCUUUGACUGGAAGCUGGAGGAUCUGAACGAGGGCUCCUUCAGCGCUCUGGCAGGAUGGUACAAGCACUAUCUGGGCCGCCUGGGGCAGUCUGGAGCUUGA